GAGAGAGAGAAGCAGCGUGAGGAGAUUGUCAGUUGACCGUGUUUCAGCGCUGUGCAGUGCAACCUUGUCAGCUUCUAGCAUUAUUCAUCCGGAAACCAGUUCUACCUCCUUCUAAGGUGGCGAUGGACUGGCGCGUGAGGAUAGCGUGGUGGCUGCUGGUGGUGCUCCUGCUCGCAUCCGUCUCGACCCCCGCAGAGGGGGGCAGAGGAGGGGGGUCCCGCGGCGGGGGUUCGCGGGGCGGUGGCAGCCGUGGCUCGGGGUCUACCUGGAGCAGGAGCAGGAACAGGAACAGCGGCAGUGACAGCCACAGUUACAAGCACGUCACGUCGAAGCCCGUCACCCAGAGGUACAGUGGCAAGCUGAAAACGACCCCAAAGACCAAGGACCAUUGGUCUUCACACUACACAACCAGCAGACCUAUUGGAUGGAAAAUACCCCCUCUACGCAAGGAAGACAGUGGUAGUGCAAACAGCAUCGGUGGCCAUCGGUACAAGCCGACAGAAGACUCCCGAAAAGCUGUCACAGAAAAGUACAACCGGCGCUACAAGCCGACCGAGGCCGUUCCUGUUGCCACGACACAUCGUCACCGACACGGGCACCAGAACCACACCAAGUCCUCGAUCUCGAAGCAUGACACUACGAGCUCAUAUAAUGUUUCCAGACACGGGGGAAAUCUGUGGCCUUUUCAGCCGACACAGCGGCCGAGCCUCCACACGAAGGCCCCGGUCACCAGUUCGUACAACAGGUCUCGUGAUGCAUUCCAGGCUGGAGGAAUUCCAGGUCACCUCCAACCGUCACAGGAACCCAGCCACCGUGUGAACCACUGGCCACCACUUCCUGCAUCCACGACUGGGCCCAUUGGAUGGAAUGUACCAGGGACAAACCAUCAAGGUUCCCAUGCUCAGCCUCCUGGUCCAGGCUGGAAUUUGCCAGGAACAAACACGAACAAGCAGCCUCCUGGACCAGGCUUUAACAUCCCAGGGACAAACACAAACAAGCAACCUCCUGGACCGGGCUUCAAUGUGCCGGGCACGAACCCGAACCAACAAGGUUCGCAUGCUCAGGCUCCUGGCCCCGGCUGGAAUGUUCCAGGCGGCAGUGCCAAGCAGCAGCCUUCAGCCUCUGACCUCAACCCACCCCAUCAGGUACAGCAGGGCUGGAACGUAGGAAGUGGUACGGGAAGCAAGACAGCUGACUACCCACGGCAGCCACCAUACAACCCCAAUUAUCAUGGGACACAACAGGCACCACCUCCUUAUAACCCAAAUUAUCACGGCACUCAACAGGCACCGCCACCGUACAACCCAAAUUACCACGGCACGCAGCAGGCCCCACCACCGUACAGCCCUCCAGGCCAUGCUCCCCCUGCCUACAAUCCAAACCAGCCACCUCCAGCGUACAGCCCAGGCCACCCGCCAGCCUAUCCGGGCUACCCGACCCAUCAGGCUGGAUACCCUGGCUACCAACAGGGCUACUCCGGCUAUCAAAACCAUCCGGGUGGUUACUCUGGGUAUCCUGGCCAUUACGGAGGCUACCAUCAGGGUUACCCAUCGUACUCGGGGGGUGGUGGUAGUGGUGGUGGUGGUUACUAUGGCUACCAGCAAGGUUACCCUGGAUCUCCAGGCUUUGGUCAUUAUCCGGGUGGCUACUAUCCUGGUGGUGGCUCACAGUGGAGUCCUCCGGGCUACACCUCCAGCUACAGUAUGAUGCCAGGGCUCUUCGGUGGAUAUGGCGGUGGAGGCGGCGGCUUUUUCUCGUCGAGCUACCAUUCCAGCCCAUUUGGAUACUCGAAGAGUUAUUUCAGGCCAAGUUUCCCGAUGAUCAUCUUCUUGCCGAUGCCACACUACCACUACCCUCCAAGCAUUCCACCGAGGAGGACUUGGGGCUGUGACUGCUACGUCCAGGACAAAACAGCGGUGUGCACAUACAAGCUAAAGGAUGACCACAUACCUUCAUGUGUGAGUUCGUCUGUCACUGCAGUGUUCAUCCAGUCGAGGGAGGUGGACCGGCUGUCGGUUGACGCAUUCAGGCACGUUCCUCGUCUGGAAUAUUUAAACAUAACGGACACAAAGCUCAGAUCACUCCCAAGGGAUCUCUUCCGUGACACCAGAGACUUGAAGCAUCUGCUUGUUCAAAACAAUCCUAACUUGAGAUCUUUGGACAAUGAUGUCUUCAGAGAUGCUAGCAAGCUUGAGGAUGUAAUUCUGGACCGGAAUGACAUCAGUUCACUGGACCGAGAUGUGUUCACACACCUGACGAAUGUCAAGAGGCUGAACCUGGCCUACAAUAAAAUCAGGAGUCUGCCUGAGGGGAUCUUCAGAGAUAACCGUGAACUACAGGAGCUAGGGCUGUCAGGGAACCCAUUGCGCAUUACGGCAGAUACAACAAGGGACCUGCUGAGAAACAAUGCCAAACUGCGAGUGCUUCUGAUGCGCGACUGCAAACUGGAGGACCUUCCGACUGGCCUUCUGAGAAAUGCGUCGAAUCUGGAAUGGCUGGACUUGUCGAGUAAUGACAUCUCACAGUUCCCCUCAGACUUCAUUCAGGAUUGCACGAAGCUGGCCUAUUUAGGAUUGGCCUACAACAAGCUUAAGGUUCUCAGUUCAGAUGUACUGCACCAGCGUGGUGGAUCUCUUGCAACUUUGGCACUUGAAGGCAACCCUUGGCGCUGUGACUGCAACCUUCUGCCCCUGGCCGGCUGGGCCACGUUGAGAAAAGAUGCGGUACCGGGACGGCCCAAGUGCAGCUCCCCACAUGACGUCGAGGAUGAGCCCCUGCAGCGCUGGUUCCACAGCAAAGACGCGAUGAAGUGCGGUGGAGCCACCACGUCGCUGCGCACGGACCUGAACCGAGUACUGUCUGUGGCUCGUGCCAUCGCCAAGCAGGGACCGAGCUUCUUCGCAAACCUGCUCCCCGUCUCUGACGAGGAAGUCGGCUUCACCGCUACAAAUUACUUUUCGUACGCCAUGGCGGCCCGGACCGACGCCGACGUCGACAGCGUGGUGUGGCACUGGGCGCGGUUCCUCGAGAAGGUCCUAGACAGGCGGCACCUCCGCUACAGCAAAUUGGUUGCCGAGAAGGGCAUAGACCAGAUCGGCAUGGACAGGAUGCUGCUGCUCAGCAAGGAGACUGAGAAAGAUCCUCUGAAAGUUAACAUUGACGUCCUGAUGGAUCCACUCACAACCACCACCUCGAAGCCACCGGCAGCCAGAGCUAUCGAGCGGCCACUGAGGCCGAAGGGCUUCGAACCUCUUGUGAAUUUCACUUACAUUAUGAAUAAUGUCCCAGAGAACAUUACAAAAGUAGUUGACGACGGUAUUGAGGAAGAGCUGAAGAUUCUGUUUGGAGUCAUCAAUGGCACUAAUGCCACCAGCCCGAAUGCUACAGCAGCCAAUGCGACAGCAUCGAAUUCUACAGGUAAUAUCACGACUGGCUCCCCAAACACUACUAUUGCCGCCACAAACGUGACCCUGGCUCCUUUCUUGCAAAAUAGUGCUCCUGUCACAACAACACCUGCAAGUCUGGCACCUGCCGUUACCUCCACCCCUUCUCCAUCCAAUCUGUCUUCUGUAAUGGCCGUAUCUACAAGUACACCUCUUUCACCUAAUGCUUCCAUUGUGAUGCCUGUCAACACGAUCCCAAAUACGACCUCACUUGUUAACGGUACUUCUCCCGAUAACCGGAACGUAACGAACUCUACUUCGUCCCUGGCAGGUCUCAAUGCGACUGCUGCAUCUGCCAAUGGCACAUCGGUGCCACCAAAGAAGCUGAAUGCCACAGAGCAGGUCGUGGCUGGCCUGCGUUCUGAGCUUCGCGAGGUGCUUUCCACUCUGCUGCUGAGCAUCGAUCGGGCAAAAUGGGAUGCUGCGUACCAGAAGUCUGUCAAGGAGGAAGAGGAGAAAGCUAAGAAAUCACCGCAGCCGCCAAAUUUUGCACAGCAACCGAAACCACCCACUGCUGAGAUGAACACGAGGGUUGCGGGAAGCAGUGCAGAAAGCUGUGUAUUGAUGCAACCUCGACUUACUGUACUUAUUGCUUUUCUGACUCUACUGGCUCAUCCUCUUGUGUAACUGCUCUGUAGAACUGAGCAUGCAAUAGCCAGCUUUUGGUAUUUCAGCCACAAUUUAAUAUAAAAUGCGUUUUCAUUAUCUGUGUGCAUGUCAUUGUCUUUAUUCCUCUUUCACUGCUUAUGAAUUGAAAAUUCGGGUGUACUUUGCCGAAGGAUGUCCUGGGAACAGUUGUUUCUUUGAGUGGAAUCAUUUAGGAAAAGCUGCCUGAAUGAAAUUCUAGGUGCCUGUGAAUGACUUCUGGCUUGAUGCAUUAUAUCUAAUCCUUUGAUUUAAAGGAUUUAUUUAUUAGGAAAGGAACAUAAACAAGCAGCAACUGGCAGGCUUCAUAUUCUAUCCAAAGACCUAUUUCUUGAAAUCAGUGCCAACUGCAGUACAUAAUUGACUGAAGAGCUAAUUUUAUUAUUUAAUGAAUCACUCAUGAGUAAAUAAGAGAUCAGGUUUGAUUGCAUAAUAUUGGAUAACAGACUUCAUUGUUUGAUUGCUUGGCCUUGUACAAUAAGGUAACUUCUGUUGUCGAACUGCUUAGUUACUGCAUGUUGAAGGACGUUGAUGUUAUGCGUAGACCGCUCACUGUUCAAUUGUUCACACAGCAGUGGCUUGCAACCUUAUCAAGAAUGAAGCAUGUACAGUUUCUUGUGAACAUAAAUGCUGUACUAUAAUAAUUGUAUCACAUAUUGUAGCACAUCUUUGUUAUUUGUGCUGAAAAAAUUCCAUGAAAGGUGCUUUGUUCAUAAAUUACUUAGUUAUUACUAUUCAAUAUCUGUGUUGUUGUUGGAGAACUUCCAAAUGUUAACACUGUUUGAGAAGUGUCAGUCUUGGUGUUGUAGUUUUGUCUUUCCCAUUCCCAUUUGCACAAUCCCCACUUAUUUACAUAGAUGUGUUGUAAUAGAGAGCAUAAACCACAUAAGAAACUUAUAAAAGAAAUUUACAUGCUUUGAGGCAGUGACCAAAAUCCAGCAGUAAGGAGUUGAGAAUGUGUGUGUGCAUGUGUAUAGGUGUGUUGCACGAUUUUGUAGACUUAACAGUAUUAGUAAAUGCAUGAUGCCUGUUACAUGUUUUAGAUUCUUUACUUGUUAUUCAAUAAGCACUCCUACAGUUUUUAUAUUUCUGUUUUUUUUUUAUUUUAUUUUAAAUUGUUUGUAUGUGUGUUCUGGAUAUUUUUAAAUAUUAUAUGGAAUGAGAGAAACUAGGUCUUGAUGUAAACUUUUGAUACACUUGGAAAUGGUUGAAAUUUUUUUGUUACAUAUAUGACCUCCUCCAGGAGGCCUAACACUUUCAGAAUUUGUUUGACAUUCAAAUAAACUUUGGAGCAAUGAAAUUUGGUACUAUUUGUCUCAUUAUAACUGGGAUGUUGGUGAAGCAUCAAACUUUAUUCAAUUAUUAUAUAAUUAAAAAUGGUUUUCCAUUGAAUUUGAUCUGAUGGUCUGAUUAAAUUCGGGAAUUUAUAUAGAAAUAAUUCGAAUUUCAAUUAAAGAAACAUUUCAUUUAAUAUGUAUAUACCUGAUAUGAUUAAAUUUAAUAUAGUUCACUGCUACAGAAGUGGAUGUAGUAGCUUCUACUGUCUGUUGCUGAAUAAUGUGGCCCAUCCCACAUGCCUGAUGGGCGAUGGCUCUUCUUUGUGAGACACUCUGUGAACGAAUUAAUGUUAAAACACAUGUAACUGUUAUUGCACAUUCAGAUAGAUACUUAAAAGUGAGAAUAAGUUUGUUGGGAAAAGGAGUGGGAGUCUCAAGUUCCAAAGGUUAUUUCUUUUUCAUAUUUUUAAAGUUGUAAGAAUGAACCAAUGAAUAGUGGUAAAUUAAAUUUAAUGAUUGCUUCACUAUCUAUUUCAAAGCUACCUUCAACAGAUACACCUCAAAUAUAACACAUACAUUCUUCACUCACAUUAUGUUCCUUCUGUUUGACUUACAAAAUCACCUUCAGGUAAAAUUUCCUGGAGAUGGUAACAUAUGAACAAAAUAAGAAACUUACAGGAAGGUGGUCAGAGCAGCUACACUUACACAGAAUAUUCUACAUGUUACUGUAAAAUAUUUCCCACAUAGUUUUCCAUUACAUUCUCUCCCUCCCCCCUUUUCCAAAUCCCUAGCCAUUAUUCCAUUAACUCUCUCUCUCUCAUCCCAGUGCUAAUUAUGUUAUUUCAGAAAACUACAAAUUAAUCAUUUUCUGAAUACCCUGCCAUAGACCUAUAUGGUCAUGCAUGGUAUUGUGCUGAGAUGAAAUAAGAGGUGUUGACUUUUAGGAUUUAUAGUAUAUUUUGUCAUUCCCUGUUAAUUGUACAGGAGAAAGAUAUUUUUUAUGUUAAAGAUAUACAAUACUCAUUUUAAUGUAAAAGACUGUAAACCAUAGCACUUACGAAACUAUGCGUUGUUUGCAUGUGAAUCUUGCCUCUUUUCUGUUGCUUUGUUUUGUUUUGUUUUGUUGUAUAUUUGGUUAAUUCUAAAAGAGAAAAAUUUGAUAACGCUUUUAAGAAAUGAUGAAUAUCAAGUGUCUGGUGUUUACAUUCCUCACAGUGAUUGAAAUAUGACAAAAAUUAAGCUAAACAUUGUUUGAGACUAAGGGAGAAUAUGCAGUAGUUAACAUAUGGGACUGUAUGCAGGUACAGAAAUGGAAAAUGAGAUUUAUUUCAAGUUGCAGGAACUUGUAUCUCAAACUUUUUAUGUUCACUAUAAUUGUCUCUUGAUGUAGAAACUGGAAGAUUGUAAAGAUAAAGUUGUGAGGUUUUAAUUUUUUUGUUUCCUGUGAUACCUGACUUACCAGCCUACCUCCAACUCUUUUAUUGAGACAAGUAUCACAAAUUUUUUAUUUCACAGGAUCACAUGUUUGUGAUAGUAUUGAAGCGUUUAAUGUUGAUGUUAACAAUUCCUGUGACAGUAUGUUCAGAAAUUGUUGACAAUAUUUCAUGAAAUCUUUUUAAAAAACUAAGAAUAAAUAAAAUAUUUUUAUGAUUUCAGAAAAACUGUGAUUUAAAACAAUCUCAAUCAGAACCACAUAAAACUUUGUAUGUUUUAGAGGUAUUUGCUAUGGAAGAAAUGGGUAACCAUUAGUAAUCAAAUAUAUUUUGGUUAGCAAAUUUAUUGGAUUGUGCAAAAGGAUUGAUAUACAUUUUCAGCAUUUCUCACAGCAUUACAAAGGAAGACAUUUUUCUGUUGUUAAAUUUUAUUGCCUAUUAUCAUUUCUGUUUUCCUGUUUGUGUAUAUGAUGUGUUAUGAAUUGCAAAUAUUUAAUACUCUCAAAUUGAAGUAUUUUCAUAUUGUAUUGCAUUGUAUUGAACUUUUCUAAGCAAAUGCAAUUAAAAUUGGUGGAUUUCUUA